CAAAGAAGUUUCGGCCCUCCCGCGGGGUGGCGUGAUCGCCAACUUCGUCGGCGUCGACGUCGCGCUCCUCAGCUACUUCUUCUUCUGGUACCUGGGCAACUACUACUGUCCGCGGCCCGCGUCCGAAACAAGAACUCCGUGGCGCAAUGGAUAGCGUAUCAGACUUCGAAUCUGGGGGUUGCGGGUUCGAGUCCCGUCGGAGUUGGGCCGUACGCCAUCGACGUGAGUUUGAAAAAACUCACGCCGCCCCCCCGCGCGCGCAGACAACAUCACGAACAAGCUCGCCCUCAAGAACUCGGGCGGCGCCCAGGGCUUCCCCAUGACGAUCGCUUCGCUACAGCUCGGUGUGGGUGUUAUUUAUGCCCUCUUCGCCUGGGCGGCGCCGGACAUGCGCUCCGCCCCGUCGAUCACCUUUGAUGAUGUGAAGGCCAUGGUCCCCGUGGCCUUUUGUGCGAUGAUGGCCCACUGCGCGUCGGUCUUCGCCAUGUCCGCGGGCGCGGUCAGCUUCGGCCAGAUCGUCAAGGCGGCCGAGCCUGCUUUUGCGGCUGUUUUAUCCCAGUUCGUCUACGGCAAGCCCAUCUCCAAGGCCAAGUGGCUCUGCCUGAUUCCCGUGAUCGGCGGCGUCAUCAUCGCCUCGUUGAAGGAGCUCGACUUCGCCGUCUCCGCGCUCAUCGCGGCCUGUAGCGCGAACCUCUUCGCGGCCUUCAAGGGCAACGAGAACAAGAAGCUCAUGGAGACCAAGGGCCUGAAGGACCGCCUCGGCACGGUCGGCAACCAGUUCGCGGUGACCCAGAUCAUGGCCUUUAUCAUGUCCCUACCUCUCUUGUAUUUGACGGAAGGGUCGAAGUGGGGUGAAUUUAGAGAGACCCUGUCCACGAACAGCGUCGUGAAGAACAACUUCCUCUACUCGGGCCUCUUCUUCUACGGCUAUAAUGAAUUGGCGACGAUGACGAUCAAGAAGACGAAUGCCAUCACGCAGUCCGUCGCGAACACGGCGAAGCGCGUCAUCGUGAUCAUCGGCGUGGCUUUAGUGAUGGGCGAGUCCCUCCCGGCCCAGAAGCUGGUGGGGUCGGCGAUCUGCAUCGGCGGCGUCAUGCUCUACUCGAUCAUCGACGACCUGAUGAAGAAGUAG